AUGUUUCCAUGCUUAUCGAUGUCCAACGGUCUUGAAGUUUUACUUAGAUCGUUUCGUCCAUUACAUGAAAUAUUUGACGAACGACAAUUGGAUAAAAGAUGCUUGCAAAAAUUAAGAUUUUUUACUAGGAAAAAAAUCAUUGAAUUUUUGAAAUCAUGGAAACACAUCUCAGCACGAUUACAAGCAACAAAUAUACCAUCGAUUCAUGUAGUUAUACCUGGUAUUGAAAGUCUAAAAGCAAGUUUAGAAUGGAUAUCAAAUGAAAAUGGAUAG